CUAAACCUCGCCGCCGUAUAUUGUGGGGUCCUUAAGCGUCAGACUGCUGCUUUCUCUGGACAGCAUCUUCGGCAAUGGCGGAUUACGAUAACUACGAUGACCGGGAUCGGGCUUACGGGAGCUUCGGCGGAGGAAGAGGACCCCGAGGAGGUGGCUCUUCAGGCGGACCCCGAAAGCAAAAGGAACUCCCCACAGAGCCGCCUUACACAGCGUACGUUGGCAACCUGCCCUUCAACACAGUGCAAGGAGACAUAGAUGCCAUUUUUAAAGACCUCAGUGUCAGGAGCGUUCGACUAGUCAGAGACAAAGAGACAGACAAGUUCAAAGGUUUCUGUUAUGUAGAGUUUGACGACCUGGAAUCUCUUAAAGAGGCUUUGACGUAUGAUGGUGCUCUACUAGGAGAUCGAUCUUUGAGGGUGGACAUUGCAGAGGGCCGAAGGCAAGAACGUGGCGCCGGAGGCUUUGGCUUCCGAAAAGACGAUAGAGGAGGUACUGAAUUCUCUGGCCGCGGUGGCUCACGCGGGGCCAGAGGAGGGGGACGCGACCCCAGAGACGACUACGACCAUUCUGGAGGAGGUGCGCCGUCUGAAAUGGGAUUUAGAGAUGACGAUUUCAUGGGUGGGAGGAGUCGAGGAGGUGGUCGCCCUGGAGACAGAAGGGGCGGGGCCGGUGGUGGUGGAGGCGGAGGCAUGGGACGCUUCAGAGAUGGACCUCCUCCUCGUGGAGGCCAGACAGACUUCAGAGAACCCUCUGACGAGGAAAGAGCACAAAGACCAAGGCUACAGCUGAAGCCACGUACAGUUGCAGGUCCUCUCAACCAAGUGGCCAACCCCAACUCGGCCAUUUUUGGGGGUGCCAAACCCAGGGAGGAGAGUUAAUGUGUCAGUGUGGCUGCAUUAUUCAGGAAGGCUAUACUGGACCGGCUUUGAUCACCAAAAAUCUUUCAAAGACUUCUCCCAGUGAAACGCAGGCAGGGGCACGAGGUGCUGGUCUCCUCUUGAAUCCUAAAUAAGCCCUCAUCCGAUUGGCUAAAAAGCACAGAGGUAGGGCCUCUAGAAAAAGUGGGUGGAGCGUAGUCUAACUCGGCCCCUGUCUGCUGUCCCAAACUCCGCCCUCGCACCUCAAAGAACCAAAACUUGGAGGACAUCAUCUCCAGGUCGAUUGCAUUCUGUUUAAGGACUUCACGAUCUCUCCCUUUCUAAAGUAUCUUUGUGUUAAAGCCAGACAUUUCGAAUUUGUAGACGCGCAGGAGUAAAACCUGCGGUGUCGUUUUAUAUUUUUCUCUUUAAAUUUCUUUACUGUGUUUGAAAAUUAAAACAUUUGAGCUUGUCUUAAUUAAACGAUUUCAAAGCGAAUUUGUUUUAAUUCUUGCAGUAUCUUUAGGAAAGAUUUUGGACUUCAUCUGGCUUAUCCAGAGCUUUCAGGAACAAUAUGCCACAUAUUUCAUUCAUGUAAAAGAGCAACGUGUAUGCAUGAUAGAUUUGGUUGGUGACACAUGGGUCUCCACAGCUCACCGGCGAUGUAUUUCAAGACGAAAAAACAACGAUCCAUUUUUGAACACCAAUUGUACUGCCUUUCCACAUGAAGCUUAUUGAACAAAGUUAACCGCUCUCACAUUUUCAAGCAGGGUGACACUAGGCACAGUAGUUUUGUCUCCUAGUGGAUCAAGUGUAGUUCCUCAUGGAAAAUCCAUGUUGUGGCCCUUUUUUGCUUUUUACUGGAAAAAAUGAGGAAUUGAAGCAUUUUUUUUCUUACUGUACUAUAGAGGUUGGCUGUUUUUAUUGGUUUGUUUUAUUUUUCAUUUUCCUACACUGUUUAUGGCAAUAAAUUGUAUCAUCUUACAGUGUUUGAAAUGAAUGUGUUGACAGGAUAAUGGAAUUGGAUUUAUUCUGUGUCCUGUGAAGCUAUGUGAUGUUUGCCAGUCGUUUGAAAAAACAAAGUUAUUUUACCAAAACUUA